AUGAGUUUACGAGUAACAAAGCAAACCGUAUUAGAGGUAGAGGAAGUCUCGAGGAAUGAUGAGAAGUUAGUCACAAAAAAAAUAACAAAGAAACUUUAUACAUGGGGAGAAAUACCAGAUUGGCAAAAAGAUAAUGAACAUAUUCUUAAAGGAUACGUCAAAGAAACUAGAAAUUUUAAGGACUGUAUUGAAAGUUUAUUCUUUCUUCAUAAUGAGACAGUUAAUAUAUAUUCUCAUUUUAUUCCUGGUGUUUGUUUUCUUUUUACCAUAUUUUUUAAUAGAUAUUGUGUGAAAUACUUUGUAACAACUACGAUUAUAGAUUAUUUUUUUAUUGAUCUUUUCCUUUUUGGUGCUUUUGUGUGUCUAAUUUUAAGUAGUAUUUUUCAUUGCUUUAAAAGUCAUUCAUUAGAAGUUGCUGUGUUUGGUAAUAAACUAGAUUAUAUUGGAAUAGUUGUCUUAAUUGUUAGUUCGAUGAUAAGUAUUUUGUACUAUGGAUUUUAUGACAAUUUGUACUUUUUCUAUUUUUUUACAAGUCUUACAUUGUUUCUUGGUAUGGUUUGUGCUGUUGUGUCCUCUAGAGACGUUUUUAGAUCUAGGGAAUGGAGACCUUAUAGAGCUACAUUAUUUGUUGUCUUUGGUUUAUCGGCUGUAUUACCAAUAUUGGCUGGUAUUUAUUACUAUGGUUUUGCAGAAGCUUGGAAGAGAGUUCAACUUUCAUGGGUUAUAUUGGAAGGUAUCUUCUAUAUUUUUGGUGCUUUCUUAUAUGGAAUUAGAUUUCCUGAGAAACUUCAUCCAGGUAAAUAUGAUUUUUGGGGUCAUUCACAUCAAUUAUUCCAUAUUUUUGUUGUAAUUGCAGCUCUGUGUCACUUAAGAGGGUUACUAGGGAGCUAUGAAUUAGUGCAUGGACGUUUGCUUGCAAAAACUUAG